AACCACUGGGCGGCUAAGGUUCACCGAAUCCCUCAGUCCAAAUUACAGUACUACCAAACGAUAGUCACCUACUUGGGGUAUAUAUUGAAGAUUAGGCCCCGAACGUACUUCUGCCACCACACGGGCUCCUAAGCCUUCCACCAAGAAGCAGAUGAUGAUCUUUCUAGGCAUGACAAACUAUUGCAGGUGUGUUCGGUCCUCCUGCCUACAGUUGCCGGCUCCGGACCCAAGCAGAGCGAUGGCGAAUCCCCGAGUUUACAUGGACGUGUCAGCAGGGAAGAAAGCACUGGGCCGUAUCGUUAUGGAGCUGAGAGCUGAUGUUGUCCCAAAGACGGCAGAAAACUUCCGUGCGUUAUGCACAGGCGAGAAGGGUUUCGGUUACAAAGGAUCAACGUUCCACAGAAUCAUUUCUGAUUUCAUGUGUCAGGGUGGCGACUUCACAGCAAAUGAUGGCACUGGAGGCAAGUCCAUCUACGGGGAAAAGUUUGACGAUGAGAAUUUUGAACUGAAGCACACGGGGAAAGGCAUCUUGUCCAUGGCCAACUCUGGGAAAAAUACAAACGGUUCCCAGUUCUUCAUUUGCACAACCAAAACUAAAUGGUUGAAUGAUAAACAUGUUGUGUUUGGUUCUGUGGUGGAAGGCAUGAACAUCGUUUCCAAGAUGGAGUGCUACGGCAGUGAAGAUGGUGUACCAACGAAGACCAUUACCAUCACUGACUGCGGACAGUUGUCCUAAAAUGAUUGUGACUGGGAUCACACAGUUUGAA